UCUACAAAUGACGUAGGGAGGAGCUAUAGCUGUGUGUAGCAUCGACCUGCAGCGCAUCCCUAUGAUUUGUACAUCAGUGGUGUUUAACACGCUGCAGCGCUCACUUGCGAAGGUCACCUCAUUGUAGCACCUUGUCAACAGGAGUGCAGAGCUGUCCUGUAACUAUUUAAUAACGCAUAAUGGACGGUUUUGAUAACUACAGUGCGUCGGAGAAAGCGGAGGCGACGGAGCUGCAGCGUAUGAUCCAGAUAGAGCAACAGAAAGCGCAGUUUCAGGCCCAGGUGCACACUUUCACUGACGUCUGCUGGGACAAGUGUAUGGACAGUCCGGGCUCGAAGUUGGACCACCGGACAGAGACGUGCCUGGUGAGCUGUGUGGAGCGAUUCAUAGACACCACCCUGAGCAUCACCAACCGCUUCACACAGAUGGUGCAGAAGGGUGCUCAUUAAGAAUGAACUAAAGACGCCAACCGGACUGUGUAAUGAAAUUAAUAAAAUAUUUUGUAUUCCUAACUAAUUGAUGGAAGAUUAUGUGAAGAGGACCUUUUUUUUGACUGAUUAUGCAUUCGACUGGUGGUGCUUGAGGAGUUUGAAGUGGGAAACUCUGCAUGGUUGUAGCUGCAAAUGGCAGCAAGACGUACCUGUUUGAAUUGAGAAGUCAUGUAAUGUGACAUUAGUAAAGUGACUCAGUAUGCUCAUGUUCA